CCCUAGCGGAUCUCUACCUGUUGGAGAGACCCUGACCGUCGCCCAGACCGCUCUCUCCGCGGACGCACCAGGCAUCUCGUGUAUCGUCCUCGGAUCCCCGCGGUCAUCCCCAUCUCAGCCGCCGUUGUCCGCCUUCCCCUCGACAACAAGCCUGCCGCCCCGAGCUGCCUCCCUCCGUCCGUUCGGUAUCCUUUAGCCAGUUAGCCUCUUCCUUCCGUCUGCCACCGGCACGUUCUCUGCCCUCGGGUACCUCGUCUGUUCAGUCUUCAGAGCUGGGUUCGGUCUAUUCCUCAUCCUCUCUUGUUGAUCCGGAGUGCCUUAAGUUUUGGCCGUCUUGUUACUGUCUGCUGUUCCACAGUCGACGAAUCACGAAUGCUAAUGGAGGAAGAAUGCGUAGAGGCACCGUCGUACAUCCACAUUGACAGCAACGCUUUCUCCUACAGAAAGUGAGCAGUUCUGCGUUAGUUCUUUCUCAAUCUGUCCAAUGCAUAAGAGUCAGACAGAGGAGGACAUAGCUGUGUGUGAGUGCCAGUAUGAUAUCUUGGAUCCAGAGAGUCCAUGUGGAGACCGGUGUUUAAAUUUAUUGACUAACACAGAAUGCACGCCUGGCUAUUGCCGUUGUGGUGUGUACUGCAAGAAUCAGCGGUUCCAAAAAUGUCAAUAUGCCAGGACAAGACUUGUAAGAACUGGAGGGCGUGGAUGGGGCCUUGUGGCUGAUGAGAAUAUUAUGGCUGGUCAAUUUGUUAUCGAAUAUUGUGGAGAAGUAAUAUCAUGGAAGGAAGCCAAACGGAGAGCUCAAGCUUAUGAAACCCAGUGUUUAAAGGAUGCCUAUAUCAUUUACCUCAAUGCUGAUGAGUCAAUUGAUGCAACAAGAAAAGGGAACCUUGCGAGAUUCAUCAACCAUUCAUGCCAACCGAAUUGUGAGACAAGGAAAUGGAAUGUCCUUGGGGAAGUAAGAGUUGGAAUUUUUGCUAAGCAAAACAUUCCUUUUGGCACGGAAUUAUCCUAUGACUACAAUUUUGAGUGGUAUGGUGGUGUGAUGGUGCGGUGCCUCUGUGGAGCCGCCAGCUGUUCUGGGUUUCUUGGGGCUAAAUCACGUGGUUUCCAGGAGGCCACGUACCUGUGGGAAGAUGAUGAUGACAGGUUUUCUGUUGAGAAUAUCCCUCUUUACGAUUCUGCUGAUGACGAACCUACAAGCAUUAACAAGGAAAUCCUCGUAUCAAGUGAUGGCAUGGUUACCCAAUACAGCAACAUCAGCAGAGUACAGAGUACCGAAAAUCCUGGAAACACUGGAACAAAUGAAUUUGCGCCAAUUAUCGUCGACGAACUGACAAGCUCAAAUGGAUUAGCACCAAUGAACGUUGAACCAUUGACUGUAAGCUCAAAUGAGUUCACGCCAUCGAACGCCAUGCCAAUGGUAGCUCGUCUAGUCGAGAAUGGGUCAACUGGAUACAGCGCACAGGACACUCACGACGCUUCUCAGAAUUCAGCGCCCAAAGCUGCAAAUCACGCGAACCAAACUGGACCUCAGAACAACAGCAACCAUUCAGCGUUGGUCCCUGUGAAGCCCGCGCCGAAACGCCGUGGCAGGAAACCGAAACGCGUUGUGCACAAGCAGCUGGACAUCCCAGAUAUCUGCGACCGGCUUACAUCGUCUGUGGCGUGCGAAGAAAUACUGUACUGUGAGGAAGUGAAGAACCAGGCCGUUUCUGAAAUCGAUGCCCUGUACGACGAGAUAAGGCCUGCGGUUGAAGAGCACGAGAGGGACAGCCAAGAUAGCGUCUCCACAAGCCUCGCGGAGAAGUGGAUCGAGGCUAGCUGCCGCAAGUACAAGGCCGAAUUCGACCUGUAUGCUGCAGUACUCAAGAACGUUGCCUCCACUCCACUACGGUCGAAAGAUGAUGUGGGCCCAAGAGAGCAGAACGGGUUGAAGUACCUGGAGAACGGCUCAUGAUUUUUUUUAGCUAGAAGCGUGGAAUAUUACGUACGCCUUCAAUUUGUAGUAUAGGGAUUGCAUUUUUUUUUAACUGUGGUUGGUCUUGUAUUUAGGUAGAGGCAUUGUAAGGUUACAUGAUUUUAAAUAGCGUGGAAUCAUGUCAAACGCACAUUUGAUCUCGUUCUCGUGUU